AUGAAAAUUGCUAGUGAAGCCGAUCCUGUACUGGUGUCUUGGGCAUCCACCCAGUCUGGGGAUUUUAAGAUUGACAACUUCUCUAUCACUUUCCAAUCAGAGUGCUUCAAGACACCAAUUAGAUUAAAUUUUGGCCCCACGCCGCAUUACCAUAAGGGUACCUAUCCCGACCAUAUAGAUAUCUUCCAUCUGAUACGUGAAAUGCCAGCUUCGGACAAGACUGCACUUCAGUGUGUCAAGGAAGUAGAUGAAGAAAGAAUUCGCUUAGAAGCAUUGGCAGAAGAAUUGGCAUCAAGUGAAGAUGAUGAGACUCAGGAACAACUCAUGGAUAUAUAUGAUCGCUUGGAAGACUUAGGUGCUGACACAGCAGAGGCCAAAGCGGCAUUUAUUCUUCAUGGUCUUGGCUUUACACAUGCCAUGAUGGAGAAGAAAUGCAAAGACUUUUCUGGUGGUUGGAGGAUGAGAAUUGCAUUGGCAAGAGCACUCUUUGUCAAACCUCAUCUGCUGCUGCUUGAUGAACCCACCAACCAUUUGGAUUUAGAUGCUUGUGUGUGGCUUGAGGAAGAAUUAGCCAAGUAUAAGCGAAUCUUGGUCAUCAUCUCCCAUUCACAGGUUAUUGUUGGAUUAAGGACUAGUAAAUUAUUGUAUCUAUGAAUUAUUUUAACUUU